CGCGGAGGGUUUGUUACUGGCCCAGGCUGAAUCUCGAACGUUAGAAGUGGCUCCGCCCACGCUCGGUUCUCAUCAGACAUUGGCCCUUUAGCGUCUCUAGAACGAGAGCGUUCGCUAACCCGGCGUCCUCCAGGGGCACUCCAGCUAACGAGAAUGGGCAUUAAUGGCCUAAUGAGUUAUGUAGGAGAACAUAGCGAAUUCUUUGUUGACCUGCAGCUGAGAAACACAAAUGUAAUCAUUGAUGGAAAUAACUUGUAUCAUCGCCUUUACUUUGAUUCAAAUCUGGAUAUCCGGCGUGGUGGGGAUUACGAUUCUUUUACAGACAUCAUACGUCUGUUUUUUGAAUCGUUGGCUGCGUGCAACAUACAGCCUUAUGUUGUGCUGGAUGGAGGUAGUGAUGCAUCUGAUAAAAAGCUUACAACCUUAAAGGAACGAGCUUUUGAAAAGAUCCAGGCAGCAAAUUCUCUUUCUUGCGGUGGUGGCGGAAGUGUACUGCCUUUGCUUGUCAGAGAGGUCUUCAAGCAGAUCUUGACUAAAUUACAAGUGCCUUUUGUACAGUCAUUUUCAGAGGCAGACAGGGAUAUUGUAUCACUAGCCAAUCACUUGAAUUGCCCUGUGUUAACUUUAGAUAGCGACUUUUGCAUUUUUGAUCUCCAAGCAGGCUACUGUCCUCUAAAUUACUUUCAGUGGAGAAACCUUUGUAGAUGUAAAGACUCACAAGACUGCUACAUCCCAACGCGAUGUUUCUCGUUAGAAAGAUUUUGUAGACAUUUUAGCAAUAUGAACAAAACCCUCCUGCCUCUUUUUGCAGUGAUGAGUGGCAAUGAUUACAUUAAUCUGCCAGCUAUAGAAAUGUUCUUUAGUAAGAUACACCUUCCUAUUGGGAAAUCGCGGCAGAGGAGUAGAAAGCAUGACCGCAUUCAGGGACUGCUGAACUGGUUGUCUCGUUUUGCUGAUCUUGGUGAGGCAAUGGAAAAUGUAUUGAAGUAUCUUAAAAAGCAUGAAAAAGAAGAAAUACGACAGCUUCUCUCUUCUUUCAUGGAAGAAUAUGAACCAUCUAAUGUCAAUCUCAAAGAUUUUUUCCAGAGUGGUGUGUAUGAAUCUGAGGAACUGAAGAAAUUAAAAUUACCACAGUGGAUCGGGGCCAGUUUAAUUAAAGGACAUCUACCACCAUUUGUUAGUGACGCCCUUAUCUUAAGAAGAACCAUCCUUCAUGUUCAGGUGGAGAAUAUACGAAGAGGUAGUGCUCAUACCACAGCUCUGCCAAUUAGACAAGUUAUCUAUUGGUUACUUCAGAACACUUCACCAAGUUCACUUAGUCCUUCUCUGAACAAACAGCCAACUUCAUUUCCUCCUGUCUUCCAUGAAUUUGAUAGAUUCCAAAAAUCGCUCAAGAAAUCUUCUGUUCAGGUAGCAGAAUUGGCACAGAAAUUUCCAGACAGUCGGUAUGCUUUGGCUACAUUAAAUGAGGUCCCCAUCGCAGAUCGUCUGCUACUUUUAUGGGAGACGUUAGGAGUGACGGCCAGUAUCUUGGAGCCAGUUCCUUGUUUGCUGCAACUCCCUAUGGCUGUAACCUGUUACUGGACACGGUGUUCAGAACCAAAAGUGACACUACAGCACAUCAGGGCUUUACUACUUGGAAUAAUAUUUGGGGAAUUAGAUAAGAUGCUGCACAUUCCAGAUCCCCAAGUAUCACAUGCUGAGGUCAAUAAAAUUGUACACGACCAAUUCUUGAAAUGGAAAGAAAAGAAAUCCCCAAAGGAUGCUUUGGAAUUAGAUGCUGCACACACUUUCUGCCAAUGGCAGUGCUGCCUGCAAGCAGGAUUAUAUCUGAAUCAGCUGCUUUGUAGUCCUCUCCCUGAGCCAGAUCUUACACGGCUUUAUAAUGGGACCCUUGUCCAUAGAUUGUAUCACGAGCUUAAAUCCAGUUCCACACCAGAGAACCUCCUCAGUGCAUCUCCAAAGAUCUACCAGCUUUACUGCAACAUGGUACAGAUAGUCAAAGAUUCAACACCACCAGGCUUCUUCCAGAAAAAAAAGUCAAAAUCCCAAAGGAAAAAGGACAAGAAAGUCAAUCAGUUGCCAGAUACAAGAGAAAGCACUGCGAUGGACACUCUGCCUUCAUGUAGUGUUAAUAACAGGUUUGCAAUACUGGCAACAGACAAGUGAAAGCCCAGUAUCCAAAUUGGUUGUUGAUAUUAAUCUGUCUUUGGGUUUGAGAAGUUAUUUUUCAAAAGAAUUAAGGAAGUAAUGGUGUUAUGAGGGAUUUACUGCUUCAGAUUUUGGUUUGGUAAGUCAAAAACAGAGGGAAAGUUUCUGAAUUGUUCCUAAUACUCGAUAAUUUUUUUUUAGAGGACAUCCAAAAAAAACUAAUUCUACAAGACAAGCUGUUAACUGCCCGCAUAUAUAAUAAAUUCCCAAAUUGCUGGAGACUUUGCAGUAAUUCUCAGCAUGAAAUGCUUGCCCAAUCACUUCAGAAUUUGCACACUGCUUGUUGAAUCCAUUCUGUUAAUUCUCUUGAAUACUAAAAGGUACCAAUCCUCUCUCUUCAAGCAUUUUCAGUGAUGUACAAAUUACUAAGAUUUUGGUUUGGAUAUGAAUAGGUUGUCUUAAAUUUGCAGCCCUCAAAAUGAAGAAAUACACAACGUCUCAAAAUACGGACUGGCAGAUAAUUAUCUGUUGUGCCUAGUUCAUUAUCAUUAAAUUGCACAUUACUUGUAUCACAAACAGAUCUGACUAACCCCCCCGCUUUCAUUGUCUUAGAAUUGAAAGAAAUUUGGAAACCAAAUUCUCUCUCUUGCUCUCUCUCUCGCUCUUUUAAAGGAAGUAGGGAUUCUGAUUUUACCUUCAAGUAAAAUUUACCAUGAUUAAAUCCAUCUGGAGAGGCUUCCAAAUAUCAGGAGAAGCUCCUUGGAGGACAGGAAAACAAGAAAUAAAAAUGCCUAUUCUAUAAUAUUGUCCCUAAAUACUAUAUAUCAUCUGUGCAUCCUAACUGAAGAAGUAAGAAGCUAACAUCACUUUUCUUACUACAUACUGAUGAUUUGUUAUGCAACUGGUACAAUAUAGAUGAGUGAUGUCAGAUGUUUUUUAAGUUUCUUCCAUUCUAACAAAUAACACCCAGUAUGGUGUAAACACAAAAAAAUAUAUAAGCCAAUUAUAUUUGAAGCUUUUGGGGGAUGAGUCAGUAAAAAGAAUGUCAAAGAUCUCCUUUGCGUGGCAUUUGGGUCCCUGUAGACUCUCUUAUCUAACUUAUAUUGGCCUGACCUACUAAUGCAUUGAGGAAGAAACUGCUCAUUGUCCCACACUUCCAGCAGGUGAAAGGGUCUAAAGCUAGAAGGCCCUGCCUCUCAGUAGCAGUGCUGGUGCUAUGGAAUAGCCUUCCAUGGAAAGCUUUUCUGGAUAAUAUUGCAAUGAUGUUCACCUGUUGUGCCAUCUUCUUCACUGUUUUGUUAUACAUUUUAUGGUUGUAAAUUUUAUGAUUUUAUUAUUCACCUUAUUUAUUUUGAAAUAAUACCGUGGAUAUUUUGAUUUUCUUUUCUUUGCAUAUCUUGUAAACCUCAAAUUGUAAAACUGCAGUAGGAUAUCAUAAUGAGGUAUUUAGCAGAUCCUGGGGAAAGAGAGGAGGAAACAGAACCAUUGCAAAAGAGACACCUCAGCCCAGGGGAGCGGGUAAGCUUAAGAAAGAGACUGAAAGUAACUCUGCCAUAAUCAUACUAGCUAUAAGUUGAUCUGAAAAACUGCUUUGACAGGCUUUCAAGACUCUGUUACAUUACCCUACUAGCAAUGAAGUUCUUUCCAGAAAUCCAAGUGGUUCUUGUUUGCUGAGUUUGACAAACAAUAAAUAAAUAAACAAACUAUAGAAGUCUGAUUUUCAAAGGCUUUUAAAGAAAGAUAAGAAAUCCAAGUAUCAAAAGACCCUGAUUCACAGCAAAGACUUCUGUAAUUUAAGAUUCUACUGCUGAAUGCAACAAAAAAGUACAGCACUAGAUGGUUUCUGUCAGCUAUUUGAGGUAGGCUAGGUCAGGAAACAGACUCCACAAGGACUAGUGGAACUCUACUGUUGCAAGGUAAAAUAACAGAAUUGUGAAACCUGGACAGAAUUUCUCUCUCCUUCUUAUACCAAACAGAAUCAAAGUGGGGCAAUCUUAAAUUUCCUGUUCAUCCCCUCCUCUAUUUCAGGGCUAAGCUGCUGUUUAUGUAACCACUCUUUCAUUCCUCCUUCAAGGUUAUAUCCAUAGUCCUCUACAGUGUCUCUGUUAAGUCAGAUAAUGAAUCAAUCUCCAUAAUCAGAAGCAGUGUAUCUUUGAGCACUACCUACUGAUUAACAUUGGUGUGAGCACGCUAUGGUGUUUGUGUCCUACUUUUGGGCUUCCCAAGACAUUUGAUUGGCUGCUGUGAAAACAGUGGAAUGGAUAGAUUUUUGGCCUGAUCCUGAAAGGCUCUUUAGUUUGGGGGAGGGGAGAGUAGGGGGACAGUUGAAAAGGCACAAGUUAGUAACUUUGGUUAAAUAAAAAUCUAGAUUACUGUGGAAGUGAAAAACAUUCAUAAACAAUUUCAUGACCUGGUUUCAUUAUAUAUCAAGUUACACAAUCACAUAUUUUAAGAAAAGCAGACGUUUACUUGAAAAUUGCAAUAUAGACUUUUCAAUCACAAAAAGAAAGAAAAGACAGUGAUCCGACAGUGGUCACAUCCUGUGCAAAAAAACUCAGGAUACCAAAAAAAAAAAAAAGCCCAUGGUACACGA